AAAAAAAAAAAAAAAAAAAAAAAUGCUUAAACACCCAUAUCAGCAUUGACCAGAACUGGUUUCAAGGGAACUGCUUGGAGAAGCAGGCUCCUUCAGCUUUCAGGAGACUAAGAGGCCCAUUACUUCCCUGAGGUUUCCUAAUAUAUAAAAUCAGGACCAUAAUAUUGUCGCAAUAGAAGAAUUACAUUGACACAAUGCAUGAAAAGCACCAAGAGAGGCCUUGGCAGGUUAUAGGUGCUCAAAAUGCAGAAAUAGAUCCAUGUUCUGAUGAGUAGCCAUGUAUACUCUAUUUCCAUGACAACUGUUUAGCAAGCAGCAAGGAGUGAUGCAGAGGAGGAGGGGGGGAUCUUUCAACCUAACCACACUGAUGCACAGUAGAACUUGCUUGAUCUCUUCUCUGAGUUGGGGAUGGAAAUGGCCUUUCUUGCAGUUUGGUAUCUGUAAUUCUUCUCCUACAAUGCUUGAUGUUAAUUAGAGAAAUUACAGAUAAGUCUGCCAUAUAACUAACCCACCACCGAGGCCAAGCUGGACCACUUAUAAUUUACUGACCUAAGGCUCACUGCUGGGCACAUUCGAAUGGUGCCUACUGUAAACUUACUCAUUCCUUCCUCUUCAUUAACUCUGAGAGCUGCUGAAAUCUCUUUAGCAUGCUCUAAAGGUAGGAUAGGCACCCUGGACAGGUCUGGUUGGCCUCCAAAGGCUUGUUUUUCUUUUAUUGCUGACUCUUGGGCUUUCAGCACCAAGUCUUCAUGUAUCUCUAAGAAGAUAAGAAUUCCCUGCAAUGGUGCAUGGCCCCCAAGAAGCACAGUAUCAAUCUGUAUUUCAUGCCCUCUUUACGUAUUCAUUCAGAAUUUAUUCAGAAGCUCAUUUGGCUGGUAUGUGAUUGUGGUAAAAAGUUGUAACAUGCACAGGGUACCUAUAUUGUUGGGAGUCCUAACCUGUGUCCUGAGGCCAGCAAGAGUCAAAAGACACAAAGGUGAUACUGGUGUCAACAUGCAUUACACAGUUUUAAGGAGGGAGGGAGGUGGUCUUGUAAAACAGAUCAUUUGUGGAGAGAUCUGGUCAUACAAACAUAGUCAAUUUUGACAACAUCCAUUGUGCAAUAAAAGUCUGAACUUCCUGGAACUUUCAUCUUUGACAAUGCCAUUGAAGGGUCAUUCUUUUCUCAGUAGCUAUCUUAAAUUUCAUAUUUGCAUUGCAUGAGCCAUUUUCAGGGGAAAUAGCCUAGCCGGCAGCUUGCUUUUCCUGCAUUUCCUUGGCAAACCUGUAAAAAAAACUUAUUUGAGUCCCAUCCAAGAAGAUGGUCAGCUUUCAUGACCUGAAGAGUAGUAAUGUUAGACUUGUGACACUUUAAGGUAAAUGUUCCAUGUCUGCCCUAUUUCUACUUCUUAUUGAAAUUUACAGUCAUAGAAACUCUGUGGCAAUUCAUAGGAAAUUCCCAUUUGCUGUUUGAUUCCCCUAUUGGCUAACAAAAUCCAGAGAAUUGUCAGUGCAGUUGUUUCUUCAUAAAAGGGUGUCUUCUUUACACUUUUGUGGCAAUUCAAGUUAAAAUCCAGCUGGAAAAAUACCAUCUCAAGCUGAUAUACGUAUAUAUUUAAUGGUGGAAACCAAAGGUUAUUAUAAUGAAAAUACCCAUCUCUUUGGGUUGAUAAAUACUCGAAGCUAAGUAAUAUGCCAUUUGUCUUUGACUUAUGAAAGUCAUUCUCUUCCAUGCGGUACAUAUAUACAGUGGAAUGCUACUCAGCCAUAAAAAAGAAUGAAAUAAUGCCAUUUGCAGCAACAUGGAUGCAACUAGAGAUUAUCACACUAAGUGAAGUAAGUCAGAAACUAUGAUAUCACCUAGUUUUCAUAACAAUCCUGUGUGGCAGGAACUCUUUAUUCCCAUUUCACCGAUAAGAAAGUGGAAGUGUAGCAAGGUGGAGUCUCUUACCCAAUGAUUAUACCAAGAGAGAGCCAGAGGUAGGUUCUGACCCCAGUUAGUCUGGCCCCAAGUGCCACUCUAGUAACUACUGCAUUCUCUUACCUCCCAAGUGGUCACUUUCCUACAACAUUUAAUUGGUUUGAUUCCUAAUCAUUUCUGUAAUUCCUUUGAACACAAUCAGUGAAGGAAAUUCUUGGCCCUUUCAGUUGUUUGUUAAAAACUGUAGUAAAGAAGUAUCUGCAUUUCAUUGCCACUCCCUGUGCCCUCAAGACCGGGCAUAGUUUGACCUUAAGUCAGGUACCCAGGAGGGAAGGCUGGCCCAGGACCUUUUGUUUUUAAUUUGGGGUGUGUGACAAAAGAGAAUUCAAAGGAAAUGCAAUUAAGCACCUCUCCUGGUUUAUGCUUGAGGCCACACAAGCUCAGAAACCCUCCGUUUUGGAGAUCAAGUGUGUACUUGAUAAAAAACCAAGUAGAUUUUCAUGGAAUCUUUGCCUUGUGCUUCAUUUAUACAUAGAGAAACCUGGCCUUUGGGGACUCUGAUUGAAAAUAAUUUGUUACUGUUAGGGAUAUUUCCAAACCAAAUGAGGGCUAUUUUUCGCUCUCUGGUGAAGAUUGGAAAGCUACAUCCUUGAAUACUUAUUGAAUAAAAGUUCCCUUCUUUCUUUCAUAAAGAGAAUAGCUUUUGUAUUUUUGUUCCCAUUGGUGCAGUCUCCAAGCAGCUUCCUUGCAAAAGAGCAAUUUAAUUUGUAGUGCACAAUCAUUUUCUUGUGGAAAACUAAUAACACACAAAUUCCAUUUUUCAGCAUUAGGGUAUAGCUAAAGACUUUUGAAAGUUUUAUGCAGAAUCUUGUCUCUUUUUGUUUUUUCUUGAUGAUGAUGGAGACGGGAAAUGAUGUAAAUGUUCACAUGUAUUAUGUACAUGGUUGAUAAGGAAACCAUCCCCUUAAGUUUUUUUGAAAAUCAAAAAUGUAAGCUAAUACUUUAUAUUCAGCUUAUAAGGCCUUUCCAUCUUCCUAAAGUAGAUGUGAAACAAGAAUGAAGCAGCCCAAACUGUUUUUCUUCCAAGGCAUCUUGUUCACUUUUUCUGACAGGUUGAGUGACAUUCAGGAUGCUGGUGUCUGCCUUUUGCUAAGCCCUGCAAGCUGUUCCAGUUUGCACGUGUCCACAGAAGUAGAGGAUUGGCAGCUUUGACUUUUGGGGGGACAUUUUACAUGAAGUCAUAAUAACAAUGCUAGGCAACAUUUAGUAAGCUCCCUUUACAUGUGGUCGACUGCGCCAGGCACCUGGUAUAUGUUAUCCUCACAAGGAGAUAGUUUCUAUACCUUUCACAUGUGAAGAAGCAGAUGCAGUCCUCACAAGUAAAUUAUGCAGUCCCCCCAGUACAAAUGUAGAGAAAUGGGGCUAGAACCCACUUGACUUCAGAGUCCAGAGUCGAGUCUUUUGAUGGUCAUAACUGACCAGAAGGACAAGGAGUUUUAGAAAUGGAGUCCCUCCACAUCCUGGUUCAUUCAGGGAACAGAUAUCAAGAUGUAUGUGCACACAUCAACUGUUUACUGAAUAGCAAAUAUUGAAGGAACACACAUUGUUUUCUCCUCUGCUGUGAAAUCCAGCUGACACUGCAUCUGAGGGCAAGAUCUCAGUUACCUUGCAAUUUGAAAGGCUCUGCUGCCCCAUCACCUUUUCCUCCUUCAUCCUGCUUUACCAUCCUAUGACAUCUGGUCCUCCACCCAUAUUGAAUCUAGGUUCUGCAUGGUCCUUGUCCUCCCUAACCCCCAGGAAGAGAAAUGUCCCUUGCUUCCUCCCUCCCUCCCUUUUCUUAUUUUCAUGUCAUUUGCCCCUCUGAACAUUCCUCCUGCCUCCUUAUCUCCCCCAGGCUGAAAUGAGUAAUGAAUUCUUGGAGGAUGGUUGCCCCAGGCUCUCUAACACCUGGAUUAGGAAAAAGGCUGAGGACUGACUCCCCACCUUUGACAGUCUGUGGGAGUUCUCACCUUAUAAGGAAGGGCGUCAGCAGUUCCCAGGACUGACCAUUUGACAACAGAGAAAAAACCUCUUUAGAACCAGAGGUCUUUCAGUAAAGUUUUCUCCUUGAAGAGGGUGGGAGAUAGGGGAGGGAAUGCCUCAUCCAAAACAGAAUAGAGAUAAUACUAUCCAUGAGGCUCCUACAGAUUCUUUUAGAGUACAUGCAAAUGACAUAGAGAUAAGCAGUAAAGAAACAGCUUGAUUCUGAACCUCUGUCUACCCUUAAUUCUUGAAGUGGCUGUUCCUUGAAAGUAGAUUUCACAAAUUAAUAUUCUAAGCAGCUCCAUGCACCUUUCUAACUCACAGGAAAACUAUUAUUUCAAACAUCAGAGUUACUAUCUUUGAAAUUCCCUCCAGAGUUGGGGAAGAGGCAGAAGGGCAAAAGUGGGUCCCACCUAAAAGCUCCUAGAAGUCCUCUACCCCUCCUCUUGGGAGUCUGGGUUACACCCCUAACAGAAAAUCACCACCUUCCCUGCCUCCACCCACGCAUCGGCCCAGCCUCCUGCCUCUUGCAAAUGGAGCAGCCCCAUUUCCCGCCUUUCCUCGGCCGGGGGCUUCCCCAGGACCUAGCGGGCGGGCUCGGGGGACCUGACAUGCCUGGCAGGAGAGGUGGUGACCGCCUCGCUCCACUCCCGCCCGCUCCGCAGGUGCGGCCCUAAUCCCCCUGGCCUAGAUAUCCGGCAGCCUCUAGGAACCCGGGCUCUGUGAUGUAAUGCUCUUUUUUCACACUCCCGGCUUAAAUACAGAUGGAAAUUGUUGUCAUGUGUUAGAAAUGUCGCCAGUAAUAUAAAAGGCGCAAGCUUGGGCAUCUUCUCUCCCUUCUCGCGCCGUCAGCUGCUCCUGCCGCCAGCGCCUCCUUCCCUCGCAAAACCUCUCGGUGGUCAGGUGGCCGAGGGGCCCCCAGCUCGCCUAGGAAGGGGUUCGGAUCCCACCCCCCCGCAACCCCCGCCUCUCUUUCCAGCCGCUGCAGAGCCGAGGACCAGCGUGGUGGGAGGCUGUCUCAGGCUCACAAAGGGAAGGAUUAAGCUUGGCGAUUGGGCUGGGGUUUGCAGGCACAACCCGGUCUCCCAGAGAAGGAGAGGUGCCUGGCGUGGACUAUAACUUUCUGACUGUGAAGGAGUUCUUGGACCUCGAGCAGAGCGGGACUCUUCUGGAAGUUGGCACCUAUGAAGGAAACUAUUAUGGGACACCCAAACCUCCUAGCCAGCCAGUCAGUGGGAAAGUGAUCACGACGGAUGCCUUGCAAAGCCUUCAUUCUGGCUCCAAGCAGUCGACCCCAAAGCGAACCAAGUCCUACAAUGAUAUGCAAAAUGCUGGCAUAGUCCACGCGGAGAACGAGGAAGAGGAUGACGUUCCUGAAAUGAACAGUAGCUUUACAGCCGAUUCCGGUGACCAAGAAGACCACACUCUCCAAGAAACGUCACUCCCUCCUGUGAAUAGUAGCAUCACCGCUGCUCCCAUCACGGACCCUUCUCAGAAGUUCCCUCAAUACCUACCUCUUACUGCAGAGGAUAAUUUAGGUCCUCUACCUGAAAACUGGGAGAUGGCCUAUACCGAAAAUGGCGAAGUCUAUUUUAUAGACCAUAACACAAAAACAACAUCUUGGUUAGACCCUCGGUGCCUGAACAAGCAGCAGAAGCCACUGGAAGAGUGUGAAGAUGAUGAAGAAGGGAUCCAUACCGAGGAGCUGGACAGUGAACUAGAACUGCCUGCUGGUUGGGAAAAGAUUGAAGACCCUGUCUAUGGUAUCUACUAUGUAGACCACAUCAACCGGAAGACACAAUAUGAGAACCCUGUUCUAGAAGCCAAACGGAAGAAGCAGCUGGAACAGCAGCAGCAGCCACAGCAGCAACAGCCGCAGCAGCAGCAGCAGCCAGAAGAUUGGACAGAAGAUCAUUCAUCGCUUGUGCCUCCUGUUAUUCCAAACCACCCCCCAAGCAAUCCGGAGCCGGCCAGAGACGCUCCACUUCAGGGCAAACCCUUUUUUACCCGGAACCCUUCAGAGUUGAAAGGCAAAUUCAUUCACACAAAGCUGCGGAAAAGCAGUCGUGGCUUUGGCUUCACGGUCGUUGGUGGGGAUGAACCUGAUGAGUUUCUGCAGAUCAAGAGCUUGGUCCUGGAUGGUCCUGCCGCGUUGGACGGCAAGAUGGAAACAGGAGAUGUAAUUGUCAGUGUCAAUGACACCUGUGUUUUGGGACACACACAUGCACAAGUUGUGAAAAUCUUCCAGUCCAUUCCCAUCGGUGCCAGCGUGGACCUUGAACUCUGCCGAGGUUAUCCAUUGCCUUUUGACCCAGAUGACCCCAACACAAGUUUGGUGACUUCUGUGGCCAUUUUGGAUAAAGAACCAAUCAUUGUGAAUGGGCAGGAGACCUAUGAUUCACCAGCUAGUCACAGUAGUAAAACAGGCAAAGUCAAUGGCAUGAAGGAUGCCAGGCCAAGCAGCCCAGCAGAUGUGGCUUCAAACGGUUCCCAUGGUUACCCCAAUGACACCGUCUCUUUGGCUUCUUCCAUAGCCACUCAGCCAGAACUCAUAACUGUUCACAUAGUCAAAGGGCCAAUGGGCUUUGGUUUUACUAUCGCGGACAGCCCUGGAGGCGGUGGCCAAAGAGUGAAACAAAUUGUUGACAGUCCGAGGUGCCGGGGCCUGAAAGAAGGGGAUCUUAUAGUGGAAGUUAAUAAGAAGAAUGUGCAGGCUCUGACUCACAAUCAAGUUGUGGAUAUGCUCAUCGAAUGUCCAAAGGGAAGUGAGGUCACACUACUGGUGCAGCGAGGAGGGCUGCCAGUUCCCAAGAAGAGCCCAAAGUCGCAACCACUGGAAAGAAAAGACAGCCAGAACAGUUCCCAGCACAGUGUGGCCAGCCACCGGAGCCUGCACACGGCCUCUCCCAGCCACGGCGCACAGGUGCUCCCUGAGUACCCACCGGCCGAAGCCCCGGCUUCAGAUCAGACUGACAGCUCUGGGCAGAAAAAGCCAGAUCCUUUUAAAAUCUGGGCCCAGUCCAGGAGCAUGUAUGAAAACCGACCUAUGUCACCUUCGCCUGCAUCGGGAUUGAGCAAGGGUGAAAGAGAGAGAGAAAUCAGUUCCACGAAUUUUGGAGAAUGUCAGAUUCCAGAUUACCAAGAACAGGACAUCUUCCUCUGGAGGAAAGAAACUGGAUUUGGAUUUAGGAUUCUGGGUGGCAAUGAACCAGGGGAACCUAUUUAUAUCGGUCACAUCGUACCACUGGGUGCUGCUGAUACGGAUGGCCGCCUGAGGUCUGGGGAUGAAUUAAUCUGUGUGGAUGGGACACCUGUCAUUGGAAAGUCACACCAGCUUGUGGUCCAGCUUAUGCAACAAGCCGCCAAGCAAGGCCACGUCAAUCUCACAGUGCGGCGUAAAGUGGUGUUUGCAGCCCCCAAAACGGAGAACGAGGUGCCCUCGCCAGCCUCGUCCCAUCACAGUAGCAACCAGCCCGCCUCGCUGACAGAGGAGAAACGGACCCCGCAGGGCAGCCAGAACUCCCUGAACACGGUGAGCUCAGGCAGCGGCAGCACCAGUGGCAUCGGCAGCGGCGGUGGAGGCGGCAGCGGUGUGGUGAGUGCAGUGGUCCAGCCCUACGACGUGGAGAUCCGGCGCGGGGAGAACGAGGGCUUCGGCUUCGUCAUCGUGUCGUCGGUGAGCAGGCCCGAGGCAGGCACGACUUUCGGCAAUGCAUGUGUGGCUAUGCCUCACAAAAUAGGUCGGAUUAUUGAGGGGAGCCCAGCUGACCGAUGUGGCAAGCUGAAAGUAGGAGACCGGAUCCUGGCAGUAAAUGGAUGUUCCAUCACCAACAAGUCCCAUUCUGACAUUGUCAACCUAAUCAAGGAAGCAGGAAAUACGGUUACCCUCCGCAUCAUUCCCGGGGAUGAGUCUUCGAAUGCCACUUUGCUGACCAACGCAGAGAAGAUUGCCACCAUCACUACCACACACACCCCUUCUCAGCAGGGGGCUCAGGAGACCAGGAAUAUCACCAAACCAAAGCCGGAAUCUCAGUUUGAGUUCAAACCACCCCAAGCCACACAGGAGCAAGAUUUUUACACUGUGGAACUGGAAAGAGGAGCCAAGGGAUUUGGCUUUAGCCUGCGAGGGGGCCGAGAGUAUAACAUGGACCUCUAUGUUCUGCGCUUAGCAGAGGAUGGUCCUGCAGAAAGGUGUGGAAAGAUGAGGGUUGGUGAUGAAAUUUUAGAGAUCAAUGGAGAGACCACCAAAAACAUGAAGCAUUCUCGGGCUAUAGAACUGAUUAAGAAUGGUGGCCGCAGGGUGCGUCUGUUUCUGAAGCGGGGAGACGGCUCGGUCCCAGAAUAUGACCCCAGCAGCGACGGGAACGGCCCCCCCGCCGGUCCACAAGGUGUUCCGGAAAUGAGGGCCACACCACCCGACCGUCGACAGCAUCCAUCCUUGGAGUCCAGUUACGCACCUGAUCUUCACAAAUCAUCACUACAUGGGGAAAAGCGGGCACAAGUGAGGGAUCCAAAAGGCAGCCGACAACCCAAUGAACAUCACACAUGGAACGGAACUUCUAGAAAACCCGACAGUGGGGCUUGCCGACCCAAGGACUGGGCACCCGAGGGACGAAGGGAUGCCCAACCCGAGCGGAUGGUGACCAAUGGCCCCAAGAGAAGGUCCCCGGAGAAGCGGAGGGAAGGCACGCGCAGCGCUGACAACACCUUGGAGAGGAGGGAGCAUCAGGAGAAGCGGAGGGAGGUUUCCCCGGAGAGGAGGCGGGAGCGGUCCCCGACCCGCCGGAGGGACGGCUCCCCCAGCCGCCGGAGGAGGUCUCUUGAAAGACUGUUGGAUCAGAGACGAUCCCCCGAGCGAAAGAGAGGAAGCUCACCCGAAAGGAGAGCCAAAUCCACAGACCGGAGGCGGACCAGGUCCCCCGAGCGGAGGAGAGAGCGGUCCCUGGAGAAAAAGAGCAAAGAGGACAAAGGCAGCCACCGAGAGAGGGAGAGGGUCGAGGCGAGUUUGAAACAGGAUGCCGGCAGAAGUUCCAGACAUCCCCCGGAGCAGAGAAGGCGACCUUACAAAGAAUGUAGCACCGACCUCAGUAUCUGAGACUCUGAAUCACAUCCUGGCCUUUACCGUGUCAAAGGUUCUAAGAGGAAGCUCACAAACCUGAAAUAAUUUAGUUUCUUACCUAAUGAAGCAUCUGACGUCAGCCUGAUGAUCCUGUGACUAGUGACAAACAUUUGAUGCAUUCGCAAUCUUAGAAGAAAAAAAUAUAUAUCUAUAUGAAAAGUGUUGUGCCUGAUGUAUCAUAUUAAAGAAAGUAUUUUUAAAUGCAUACUUUUUUUGGAAAUUAUUUGCCAAAUGCUGCCCCAAAGGAAUAUAAAUUUUGUUUCUACAUAAACUGUAGAAUUAUCAAGAAUUGUUCCCUUUUGGGGGCGAUCUUUUUCUCUCCUGGUUAAAUGGGGUUGUUGAUCAUUUUCUCUAAGUAAGGAAAAUUAUUGAUAAGCUUGAUAUAGACUAUUAUGUAGUGAUGUAGUGCUCUACUGUAGUUAGGAGGUUUUCUUGGGGGAAAAAAAGAAGAGCAAAAAGGCAAAAGUUAUAUUUGUAAAAGCUGAGGACUCUGGAAUGGAUUAGGAUUGUCGAUGAUCCUAAAAUUAAGCAAACUGUAUGAAGAGACUACUAUUGCAAAUGAAGGAUAUUUAUAGCUAAACAACACAGCACAAAGAAAUGUUAUGUUCUUGAGUUAUAGAUGGUUUAGAAAAUAGUUUGUACUCUUCCCGGCCAUAGAAAGGCACAGAGAGGAGAGGGUUGACCCAAAUACAGCCCAAGCACAGAUGGUCAGGUUCAUUAGCAUCACCAACAUCUAAUAAGAUCUCAUUAAGGCAGUGCCAUCCCAGCUUUGCUCAACUACUAGGAGGGAAUAGACAACAAACACCUAUGUUGUCUUGCCUGAUUUGAGGGAGAAUAGUGGAUGAAAUGGAGGGGGCAAUGUGCCCGUUGUGAGGGAGCCCUAAAAAUCCCCAGUACACAAAAGUCAUGUUCCUCCGUUUUUAGUGUAAUCCCGAGGUUGCCCUUCACCAGAUUGUGGGAGGGGUGGGGGGGAGUAAAUCUUGGUGGAAGGCAACUCUCUGGUGAUAUUUAAAGAAGUGCGGGUUGGGCAUGUUCAUUCUUAGAAAUGCCAAUUUUCCUUUGGAAUCCUAAUCAAAGUCUCCAGGAUGAUUGAAAGGGAUAGGAGGGUGCAAGUUCAGUGGUUCUAGAUCUAGUUGGCAAACCUUCUGCCCUUAUGACCCUGAGUCUUUGGACAAAACAAAACAGUGAUAUUUCUUUGAAAACAGACCCAUUCUUUUGCUCUCCCGCAGGAGGUUUGGUUGGGUCGGCUGUAGCCCCAGGGUGUGGUUGAAAUGGAUUACUGCCUAGCUGAGCCAAAACGUUUGCUUGUAUUUGUUGGACCACUACAGCAAACCGCUGCUUACGAUGCAUUGUGUAUUUCUGUAGUACUGUUUUGCAUUUUCCAUACAAACACAAAACUUUGCAAGUCAAUCACUGUUGUUCUUAUGGUACUGUUUUUAAAAAAAAAAAGAAAAAGGAGAAAGAAAAAAAGUGGAGAAAACCAGCCAAUUAUUGUGUGUACAGAGUUUAAAAAUUGUAAUUAAUAGAGCCUGUUUAAAAACAAACAAAACAACUGUUGCCUUUUUUCUUGUAUAAAAGAGAAUUUAUGACAAAAAUUUAGCUGUGAGGAAUGUGAUAUGUGUUUAUAUUUCUGAAUAUGGGACAAAUUGAUUCAUUGGGAUAUAUUUUACUGUAAACUAAAUCAGGUAUGUAAAGCUGUUUUAAAAUGGGAGACUAUAUAAGUAAUUCUUUGAAGCUUUAGUUGGUCUGAAUACCAUCAUUUCCUCCAUGGUGAGCCUGCUUGUGAAUUAUUAAGCACCUGUUUGCAUUUCUGUUCUUCAUUCAUCUCUUGCAGUGUGCUAUGGACUUAAUGCUCUUUCUGUGUUGAUGAAAAGCAGUAUGUGGGCCAAUCUUUUUAUAAAACACUAUGCAUAUAUAAAUAUUACAUUGUUCAUAGCUUUAUUUGACUUAUGGGUUUAUACAUUAGAAUGAGUAGCUGUAGUUGUGUGGACAUGAACAAACCAAGUUCCUUUCCUGGAACAGACACAGCGUACAUUCUAUAACUACGAGAGAGGAAAACGUCUUGUGUGACUGCUCUUUUUACCAUCAGCGUUUUCCAUCCAAAGCACACAUUGGGCUGUAUAGUAAGGCAGAGGGAGAACACAACUGAAUAAUGAUGUUCUUUUUUCAUCAGUCUCUUAAGAGCCAUCCUGGGGAAUUGAUUCCUAACAGUCCACUGCUAGGAAUUCUCUCACUCUUUUGAGCCAAAUCGGUAAUGUUAAAUGAUCGAUGCUCUCAAUUGUGGUCCAGAGUUUUCAAUAAAACUCAAGAGGCGGAUUUUUGGAGUACAUGGUGAAGUGAACAUCUUGAUGUCUUUCGUGGUGUCAGAGAUGAUAUUUAACAUUUUAGAAUCCAUGUGCUACCUAUCUGGGCUUGACUCCUUCCGUGAAGACUUUUGGUGUGGCUGCGUCAUCUGAGCGCUAUAGAUCAGAUUUGCUUUGGAAACACUGUACUGUACAGGGACUAUGCAUUAAGCAGAAAGAUAGUUUCUCUGAACUACUGUAACCUUACAUUGGAGACUGCUUCUGUUGAGCCUCCUUUCCCUAAUCCCCCACCCACUUCAUGUAAAUGUCUUGAUGAGAGAUGAUAUGGAUGAGUAUUUUGUAUGAUUAAAUCAAACCGUAUAGGACCUCCUCUCCCACCCAUUACACAGUUGAUGCCUGAAAGAAUGUUGUGGGGAGAACUGAACACCCUACUUGUAUUUUUUAAGUUUCUUUUGUGAAAGAUUUUUUAAUGCAUUUUUACUGUAAAAAUACAUGGAAAUGUAUGCAUUCCAUAACCACGA